UCACCGCUCUCCUGGUCACUCUUUCACCGUCUUAUUACAUGGUUGGUCUGUUGGUUCGCUAACCAUUUGUAUCUGCUGACUCCGUUUCACUUUCAUGGCGUUUCAUGGUGCUUUGCAUUCGCUGCGAUCUCUCAGCAGGGCGCCCAGGUACCCGUUGUCUGACCUUGUUCAUUCACCAAUUUCAUCCUCUCUCUUUUCAACCCUUUACGCUCAAUCAAACUCAUUGCACGAUGAACAUCGGAUCAAGAGCCAAUCUACUCUUGACGAAAGUUUUGUUCUUGAUCAACUCUCUAAUCUGCUGCCAAUUUCCCGUAGUAAUAGUUCAACUGCAACCCUAUUUGAACCCAGUAAUUCGGAUAAGCAGAUAGAAAUUAGGGCCGUUGAUGGAUUUUUAUUGCCCGACGAGAAAUUACGUGGGGUUUUUCUUCAGAAAUUGAGGGGUACGGCUGCAAUUGAGCAUGCUUUAGACAAUGGUGGUGUGGAUUUGAGUGUUGAUGUUGUUGCACAAGUAGUGAAUAGAGGGGGUUUAGGUGCAGAAGCAAUGCUUGUAUUUUUUAAUUGGGCGAUUAGGAAGCCCACCAUAGCUAAAGAUAUCGAAACUUACCAUAUAAUCCUCAAAGCAUUAGGCAGAAGAAAGUUCUUUACACAUAUGAUGCAAAUUUUGCAUCACAUGAGGGCCCAGGGUAUAAGUCCCAAUUUAGAGACCAUAUCGAUUGUAAUGGAUAGUUUCGUGAGGGCUCAACAUGUGUCUAAGGCAAUCCAAAUGUUCCGAAACUUGGAAGAAAUUGGUUUGGAGUGUGAUACUGAGUCUUUGAAUUUGCUUUUGCAAUGUCUUUGUCAGAGAUCCCAUGUUGGUGCUGCAAAUUCGUUUCUGAAUUCAGUCAAGGGGAAGAUACAAUUCAAUGUUAAUACAUAUAAUAUUAUUAUUGGAGGCUGGUCAAGACAUGGCAGAGUUAGUGAAAUCGAGAGGAUUUUGGAAGCAAUGGUAGCAGAUGGAUUUAGUGCUGAUAGUUCAACUUUCAGUUUCAUUCUUGAGGGUUUAGGGAGAGCUGGUCGUAUUGAUGAUGCUGUUGAGAUUUUUGAUAGCAUGAAGGGGAAAGGUUGCAUGCCAGACACCAGAGUUUAUAAUGCUAUGAUUUCUAACUUUAUCUCUGUUAGAAAUUUUGACGAAUGUGUGAGAUACUAUAAGGGUAUGUCGAGUAAUAGCUGUGAUCCAAAUAUUGAUACUUAUACCAAAUUGAUUGCUGCUUUCCUCAAAGCCCGAAAAGUAGCUGGUGCACUCGAAAUGUUUGAUGAGAUGUUAGGUCGAGGACUUGUUCCCACUACAGGGACAAUAACCUCCUUUAUUGAACCCUUGUGUAGCUAUGGUCCACCCUAUGCUGCUAUGAUGAUCUACAAGAAAGCAAGAAAGGUUGGAUGCAGAAUAUCACUGAGUGCUUAUAAGCUAUUGCUUAUGCGACUUUCUAGGUUUGGUAAAUGUGGAAUGUUACUAAACAUUUGGGAAGAUAUGCAGGAAUGUGGAUAUGCUUCAGAUAAGGAAGUUUAUGAUUAUGUAAUUAACGGACUUUGCAACAUAGGGCACCUUGAAAAUGCUGUACUUGUCAUGGAAGAGUCUUUGCAGAAAGGCUUUUGCCCAAGUAGGCUUGUUUAUAGCAAACUAAACAACAAACUACUUGCUUCAAAUAAAGUAGAGAGGGCUUAUAAGCUAUUUCUAAAGAUUAAACAUGCUCGUCGUUAUGACAAUGCACAGAGAUUUUGGCGUUCUAAGGGAUGGCAUUUCUGAAUUGACAUCUCAGCGGUGGCACGUAAAGAUGCAUUGUGUGCCCUUUGUUUUCCCUCGUACAGCAAGUUAUGGACUUACCCACUGGAAGAGUCUCUUCUCACUGGCAGAUCCACCAAGGGGAAAAAGGGGUCUAUUGACUCCCUGGUUUAAUUUGCGUCCCACAGAUUUUAGGUGUCUGCCCCUGUGGUUCUUGCUUUUGUUCCCUAAGAGGCGUUUGACAAAAUGCCUGAAAGAGGGAACUAUGUUUCCAAAAAUCUACGAAUGAAUGAUAGGCGACUUCACUUAACCCCCAUGAGGACUGAGAGCUUCUUCAUCUUGCCUCAUGAGAAAAAUUUCCAGGAAUCCUUCUGGCUGUUCUAGUAAGAACGUCUGUGACCCUUUUAAAUUAUUUCUUAUAUUGCCUGCUUUAUACAGUAAGAAUGCUCUUAUUUUGAGCAUUUACAAAUUUCAAUCCAAAAUAUAUUGUUUUGUUAUUAAAUUAAUCCAAGAUUUCUUUUUCAAGUUUUUCAGUAGCUCACAAUGCAAAAGGUUCUAUAAACGCAACUUGUUUGAUUUUGUUUUCCUCAUCAGGUUUAUUUAUUAAUGUUUAUUACAAGCAGAUGAACGUUAUCAGACAGCGGGUGUCAAAGUGGCUAAAGAAAACUCAUUAGUGGAGUUAAAUUCCUUUUUCAAUGAUAUCAGUAUUUGCUGAAGGGUAACCAAGAAUAUGGUUACUGUAUUACAGAGUUUUGACCAUAAUGAGGAAACUAUUCAUUUUAUGGCUCAAAGUAAAGGAUUUAGACGAAUGAUAUAUCAGAUAUUGAAGUUGAAGUUUGAUUGUUGCAUACAGAAAGAGACCUCAAAGUGUCCUGUGUCUUGAGACCUCAAAGUGCCCUGUGUCUUGAGACCUGUGCUCUUGCCUUGCCUCUGACUUUGUCUUGCCCUAAUUUUUUUAGGGUUUUCUUUUACCUCACCGUGUCCUUGAACUUGCUGUUUAUUCUCUGCAAUGUUGUGUUUAUUCUCUUGCUGUGUUCAUGCAUAAGCAAUGGCUGAUAAGAAAGACACUAAGAGUGAUGCCAUGGCUCUAGAUCUUCCAGGGUCAUGAGACCCACUCAUGAUUACUCUUUGCCUAUCACUGACAAGUUGGAUGGCGCAAACUUUGCCUCUUGGUCCGGAAGUGCUCAAUUGACAGUCACUGGUAGUGGUACGGUGGGAUAUAUUGAUGGAAAAAAGACUGCUCCACGAGCAGAUGGUGAUGCCUAUUCCAUGUGGGAGGAAGAAAACCGGUUGGUCCAGUAUUGGCUUCAAGUCUGAGUGUGCAUAAUGCCAGGGCAGAUGUGUUCAUAUUUGUUGAGGAACCUGUUGAUUUUGCAGUAUGCUUCUCAUUUGUGGUUUUGAAAGUGAAAACAGUGACCAGUUACCUGCUUGUGCAAUACCAAUCUUUUAUAGCCUUUUAAGCUGAUUAAUGUUACAUUACAAGUAAGAUUGUUAUCUUUAGUCAUGUCCAUCGCUGAAGAAUGAGCUAAUCAUUUGCCAUUUUUACCGGAAUUAAUCAACAUAGUUGUUCCUGUUAA